UCGACCUUGUGUUCUCGAUUAGGCAGGUUUGCUUUAAAUCGUAGACUCCACUAAUCAAAGAAGAGGAAUUAUUAUUCACUUGCGAUUGCUCUCUGUGACUGCACGAAACAACUUGACCACUUUAAGUCCAUUGUCGUUCAACAAGAAAAUUGACUCUCUUUUUAAAAUUAAUAUAUACGCAGUGUCGCCAUCGCGUUGAACGUACUGCAAUGACCCAGGUCAUUUCUAACUCCAGGUUAUUCUUAACUUGAAAAUGGGCGCACUUCGCAGUUCGUCCUCCUCGGACUUAAGGGACACUCGCAUUUUUUUCCGCUCCCUACUCUUCUCGUUCAUUUUUUCAUUUUUUUUUCUUUUCAAUCUUCAGUUUUACUAAAUUAGUUCUUUCAUUAAACUUAGUGAAUUGCCAUGUUUCAUCGAAUUUUAACGAAUUAUUUUCCCCUUAAUUUUUUUGAAUUUUAGCCGAUUUUUCGAACUUUUAUUUUUCUAUCUAACUAAAUAUGGUAUUUUUCUAAUUUAAAAAAUUAACAGAGAAAUCUACGAUCAUCUUUUCGAAAUAUCUUCUGAAUAGAAAAAAAUUUUUGUGAAUAAAAAAGGAAAAAUGGCUUCAGACAUGAAAUCAGAUUCAAUAAUGUCAGUGGAGCAAAUGAGUGUAUCGAUACAAACGUUUGGAACUGCUGACUAUACGAUAUUUACAAUAAUGCUCCUCGCUUGCGGUGCAAUUGGUAUUUAUUUUGGUUUCGUGAAAAAAUCAAUUGGUGAAGAUGAAUAUUUGGUCGGUGGUAGAAAUAUGAAAACAUUACCAGUGAGUCUUAGUUUAAUUGCAAGUUUCUUCUCGGGAAUUUCACUACUUGGAAUGCCAACGGAAAUUUAUAUCCACGGAACUGGAUAUUUGUGUAUAGGCUUUGGUGUAAUUAUUGUUGGAUUCGUGAUGUCAAAUGUUUACUUACCAGUAUUUCAUGAUCUUAAACUUACUAGCACCUAUGAAUAUUUGGAGAGACGCUUCGAUAAGAAAAUGCGAAUUUUGGGAUCUGUUCUUUUCACAAUUGGAAUCAUAACGUGGCUUCCAAUUGUCAUUUACGUUCCAGCUUUGGCUUUCAAUCAAGUUACUGGAAUCAAUAUUCAUAUAAUUACCCCUUUUGUUUGCAUUGUCUGUAUUUUUUACACAUGUGUGGGUGGAAUUCGUGCAGUAGUUUGGACAGAUUUCGUUCAGACGUUUAUAAUGUUUGGAGCAAUGUUAUUAAUUGUUGUUAAGGGCACAGCUGAUCUCGGUGGACUUUCAGUGGUGAUAAUGAGAAAUCUCGAAUCCGGCAGAAUUGAAAUACCAUCAACUGAUUUUAAUCCAUUCACGAGGCAUACAAUUUGGGCUUUAGUAAUCGGUGGAUUUAUUCAUUGGCUACAAAUUUCGGCUGUUAAUCAAAAUAUGAUUCAACGUUAUUUGGCACUUCCGACACUUCGAUCUGCAAGAAGAGCCUUGUGGUGUUUUAUUAUUGGAGCGUUGUGUUUGAUUGGCAUUUGUGGCUAUGCUGGAAUGCUUGUAUACGCCUGGUAUCAUGAGUGUGAUCCACUGACUACCAAGCUGGCCAAAGCUAAAGAUCAACUUCUCCCUCUUCUCGUCAUGAAUAUUUUAGGCGAAUUUCCAGGAUUUCCGGGACUUUUUGUUGCUGGCGUUUUUAGUGCUGCUUUAAGUUCUCUAUCAACUGGUCUUAAUUCAAUGGCUGCUGUUAUCCUCGAAGAUUUUGUAAAACCUUAUCGUAAGACUCCAUUUACGCCAAGGGGUGCUGAUAUUUUAAUGAAAUUAACAGUUAUUACUAUGGGAAUUCUCUGUGUUGGUUUGGUUUUUGUUGUCGAAAAAUCGGGAACUCAUGUUUUGCAGUUAUCGACAAGUUUGAGUGCAAUCACCAGUGGCCCUUCUCUGGGAAUAUUCAGUAUGGGAAUUUUAAUACCAUGGAUUAACGCAAAGGGCGCUUUAAUUGGCGGAGUUUCUGGUUUAGGAUUUAUGGGAUGGAUCUGUUUAUCCGCGCAAGCAGAGAUCGCCAAUGGAAACAUAAUAUUUGAUGAGAAACCAGUUAGCACGGAAGGAUGCACUUAUACGUUUCAAGAGUCGAAGAAUCUUUUAUUAUUGGUGCCACCGGAAAUAAUAAUGGACUCAGAACCUUGGGCUAUUUAUCGUUUGAGUUAUCUUUGGUACACCGUAUUGGGCGCAAUGGUUACAAUGAGCGUUGGUCUCGGAAUUAGUUUAAUUUCAUCUGAAGAUAUUACUAAAUUAGAUCCCAUGUUAUUGGCACCGUUUAUUCGACGAUAUGUCAAGAAAGAUAAACAGAAUCUUGACGAUGUUAAGGUCGCAAAAUCAAAUUUGAAAGUCAACAGUGCUUUUGAGAUUUCCGGCGAAAGUAAAAAAAUUCCAAGUACGUGAAAAAUAAUCACUAAAUAUUAAUAAAGUGAUACUGAGUAAAUUAAAAAUUAUUUAAGUCAGCCGCCAUUUAUACAAUUACUCAUUAUUUUUUACGAAACUGUGAUAAACUGAAUCAAUAAUUAUAGUAAUCUACAAAGUAAGAUUUAUUAAAAAUAGACUAAGAUCUAUAAUAAAUAUUGAGAAAAAAAAAUUAUUUCAAGUAUAAAAAAUUGUUUUAAAAAAUUAUUUUCGCUUCAUUUUGGAGUGUUUUUGCAAGAAAUAAUUACUAAUUUUUUAAGAAAUAAUUUCACAUUUAUUUUGUUUAACAUUCAACAACAAAAUUGUCAUUUUCGACGUGUUCUGUUCUUAUUUUAGUUUUUAACAAUAACAGUACUUUUGCAGUACAAAAGGACAUGUUACGUUUUACACAAAUAAAUAAAUAUCAAUGUAGGUAUUUAUUUUUUUUUAAUGGAAAUUUUUUGAUUUAUAAAAAUUAAUAAUAUUACAUACCUAUAUUCAAUAACAUUUAUUUAUAUAUUUUAUUUAUUUAUCAUUUUUCUCUCAUUUAUAACAAUAAGUCAAGUUCUUAAAUUUAAUUUUAUUUCUAACAUAUUCGGUUAUUAAGGCCAUACCGUGUAAAAAUAAUCAAAAAUAGUCGCUCGUAGACAAAUCAAUUGUUCAGUAAAAUUAUUCAAAAUUUCUCACGUAAAUUACAGUGGAGUUUUUCUUUUUACAUUUCAAAGAGAAAUAUUAAUUUAUUAAUAUUAAAGAACAAUGCAAUUUACGUCAAGAAACUUUGAAGUUUACGCGUGGACAUUGAUGAAAAUAAUCUAAAAUAAAACCGAUAUAUCAUACGCACAAUAAAAUAUAAAUCCUGAGAUAUAACUUCAUCAACUCUUUAUCAUUAUUUAAGAAUAAAUUUUCAAAUUUAUAUUUUGAAGAAACAAAUUUUAUUCAAAAAACGAAAUUACUGAUAUAAACAUUAAUUUCGUAUUACUCUAUUAAUUAG